CUCCCCCAUGCCGCCCUCCGGGCUGCGGCUGCUGCCGCUGCUGCUGCCGCUGCUGUGGCUACUAGUGCUGACGCCUGGCCGGCCGGCCGCCGGACUGUCCACCUGCAAGACCAUCGACAUGGAACUGGUGAAGCGGAAGCGCAUCGAGGCCAUCCGCGGCCAGAUCCUGUCCAAGCUGCGGCUCGCCAGCCCCCCGAGCCAGGGGGAGGUGCCGCCCGGCCCGCUGCCCGAGGCUGUGCUGGCCCUUUACAACAGUACCCGCGACCGGGUGGCGGGGGAGAGCGCCGAGCCGGAGCCGGAGCCUGAGGCGGACUACUACGCCAAGGAGGUCACCCGCGUGCUAAUGGUGGAAAACACCAACAAAAUCUAUGAGAAAGUCCAGCGUACCCCGCACAGCAUAUAUAUGCUCUUUAACACGUCGGAGCUCCGAGAAGCAGUGCCCGAGCCCGUCUUGCUCUCCCGGGCAGAGUUGCGCCUGCUGAGGCUCAAGUUAAAGGCGGAGCAGCACGUGGAGCUGUACCAGAAAUACAGCAAUAAUUCCUGGCGCUACCUCAGCAACCGGCUGCUGGCGCCCAGUGACACGCCGGAAUGGCUGUCCUUUGAUGUCACUGGAGUGGUGCGGCAGUGGCUGAGCCAUGGAGGGGAAGUAGAGGGCUUUCGCCUCAGUGCCCACUGUUCCUGUGACAGCAAAGAUAACACGCUGCAAGUGGACAUCAACGCAGGGUUCAGUUCCGGCCGCCGAGGUGACCUGGCCACCAUUCAUGGCAUGAACCGGCCUUUUCUGCUCCUCAUGGCCACCCCGCUGGAGAGGGCCCAGCACCUGCACAGCUCACGGCACCGCCGAGCCCUGGACACCAACUACUGCUUCAGCUCCACGGAGAAGAACUGCUGCGUGCGGCAGCUCUAUAUUGACUUCCGCAAGGAUCUGGGCUGGAAGUGGAUCCACGAGCCCAAGGGCUACCACGCCAACUUCUGCCUAGGGCCCUGUCCCUACAUCUGGAGCCUGGACACGCAGUACAGCAAGGUCCUGGCCCUGUACAACCAGCACAACCCGGGCGCGUCGGCGGCUCCCUGCUGCGUGCCGCAGGCGCUGGAGCCCCUGCCCAUCGUGUACUACGUGGGCCGCAAGCCCAAGGUGGAGCAGCUGUCCAACAUGAUCGUGCGCUCCUGCAAGUGCAGCUGAGGCCCCGCCCCGCCCCGCAGGCCCCGCCCACCCGGCAGGCCCGGCCCCGCCCCCGCCCGCUGCGCCGGGCUGUAUUUAAGGACACCGCGCCCCAGAGCCCUCUGGGGUCGAUUA